UUAACUCUCGUCCGUGACGUACGCGUUCGUAUGGUUCUGCCGUUGAAUUAUUUCCUACUGUAUUUUCGUCACUAAUUUUGUCUGCGAGAAGGAACAGCAUGAAUUGUCAGCUGGUAAAAAACUUGAAAAACGCUGUUUCCUUGUAAACCGAUAGACAUCUAAACCGGAAUUUUACUUCAGGUCAGUAACCUAUUAAUCAUCAUGUCCAUACGUCGUCGAACGGAUCCAUAUAUGACUCAGCGAAUAUGGGAUGCUAUAAGGAUUACUGUCCAUCAAAGGAGUUUGCCCAGUAAUGACCGCAUCGUGAGGCAUUUGGCUCGAGUCUAUGGUAUCACCGAGGAUGCUGCUCAGCAUGAAGUUGAUAAAGCAGUUGAAGAUGGAUUAAUUUUUUUGAAGAAGGUGCCAUCAAAAGGUGGUAUUGAUCAAGAGAGCUAUAGACUGCCUACUGACCCAAUCGAAGAUGAUGGCCAUGAUUGGUAUUGCUGCAAGUGUCAAAAAGCAGGAAUGGUUGAGAAGUGUCAAAAAUGUCACAGAGUAUUCCAUUCAAAUUGUCAUGUUUCAAUUAAUCCUGAAUUAAUCUCUUGUCCUUUCUGUGAGAAAAUUAGCAAUGAUACAUACCCUGAUAAAGUCGAGUUAAAUCAUAUAUUAAACUUCACAUGUGGACACUUAAAGGCAAAAUUGCCUCCAGAAAUUACAAAUCGGACAAUAGUAUUUGAUGGCACACCUAUUGUAACUCCACCCGAUGGCUUUUCUGGGCCAACCUGGGUCAGCGAAGGAGAAGAUGCGUGGCGUCCAGGUGUAUUGAUAAAAAAUCAUAUGGAUCUCGCUAUCAUGGACUUUAAAACAACCCAAAACGAGUAUAAUAAUUUAGCUGAAUUUCAAGCGGAUGCACACAACAUUUUGCACAACAUCAUUGUCUACCAUGGAGAACAUAGCAUUGUCGGAGAAAUGGGGAUUACUAUGUAUCAGGAUUGUUGUUACGAUCUCCAAGAAAUUCGUCGAUGUGCAGAUUGUUAUCGAAUAUCUAAUGAGAAAGUAGAAAAAAUGUGGUUUUGUAUUCCUUGCGAUCCACCACAUAGAUUGGUCUAUGCAAAGCAAAAGGGUUAUCCUUACUGGCCGGCAAAAGUUAUGCAAGUACACGACGAUAUUUACGACGUAAGAUUUUUCGGAGGUCAUCAUAUGAGAGCUAACAUAGAGAAAAUCUUCAUUCGUCCGAUAACAGUUAAUCUUCAAAGCUUGCAGAUUAAAAGAUCUGCAGCUUGGAACAAGGCAUUCGAAGAGCUCAAGCACCAUCAAAAUUUACUAAUGAAGAUGGGGAAAAGUAUACCUACAAUCUCUGACAUUGACGAGGACUCCGAUGGUCCAAAACCUGCUAAGAUUCGAGCCUUAGAUCCGUCAGGGUCUUCGACAAGAAAAUCAAAUUCGGUUAAGCAAGUCAUUAAAGACUUGCGAGUUAAAGUAGAACGUCUGAGCUCUGACGGGUACGUUGAGACACGAUCGAACACCGAAGAGAACACGGAAAGAGACCGUUCUUCGGAAAGUAGAGUAGGAAGUGAAGAGAGACAGGUUCCGCGUUUGGCAGUGGCCGAAGACGAGCCAGCACGAGAGAUUUCGAGUACUUGUCCCCAAGGUUUAAAGAAGGAAGGCUCUCAAGAAGACAUGGUUACAUCAAGUUGUCAAGAACCACGAUCUAAGUGUGUUUUCAUUCAGACCGAACAAAUACAACCUGAAGUCUUACCUGCGAAGGUAAAACGAGAACGCAGAACUUCCGAUCAACCAGUAACAACGGCAUUGGAAAAAUUGCGUCGGGAGAUGGAGCUGGACAAGUGUCGAGAGCUAGAAAGGCUGCAAGCAGAACAUGCCAAAGAGAUACGGCAACUAACUGAUAAGCAUCAACAAGUCAUAUCAGAAAUAAAGAAAAAACAAUGGUGCUACAAUUGUGAAGCUGAAGCAAUAUAUCAUUGCUGUUGGAACACAGCUUACUGCAGUACUGACUGCCAACAAGUUCAUUGGCAACGUGAGCAUAAAAGAGUUUGUCGACGAAAGCGUUAACAUGUUCAUUACAUGUAAAAUACUGAAUUAUGGCAGAUGUCUGACACUCCUCUUAAAAAGUUUAAUCAUAAAAGUACGUUUCAUGUAACACAACAGUCAUGUCUCCUUCAAAUUAUUUUCUUUGAAAGGAAAAGAAACGAUUUUCUAUACAUUUUCACAGAUGUUUCGAAACAGCGUGUGAAAAUUGUUGUUUUUAUGAAAGAUAUCUUAUUUUUUACAACAUCCACCAGGACUGCAUUGAUUUUAAAACAAAUGAAACAUUUAUAUAUGAUGAAAUUUUUCUCAAAGAUGAAUAUCACUUCAAAUUCCUAUUCACUUUUAUUUUUUUACCAUACUUAUAGCUAUUAUGACAAUAAGAUAUGGGAAUCUAAACUCUUGAAAUUAUAAAGCAAUUAAAUGUGUUAAGACAUUUUGCAAAAAACAAUUGUUUAACCUUAUAAAAAUCAUAAGUAUUACAUUAAACCAUAAAACUAUUGAUUUAAAUUACUUUAUUUUUGGUCUUUUCUGUUAGAAAAGUAACAAGCUAAAAUAACAAUUCUUCCUCAAUUUUUUAAACACGUAUCCAAGACAUGCAAAUACAGUUUUAAUUGAAAAUUGCACUACAUUAUAUUACGACGCAUCUCAAUUUAUUAGCACUAUAUUUACAGUAAUUUUACAAUGUAUAGCCGAUUCAAAUUGACCAUUAUGUAAAACUCUAAAUUCUCGCUUAAAAACUUUUGCAUCCAUUUAA